AAAGCAGCGGACACCCAAAACCAUGGGCAGUUUAAGUUUUCCUUCUUCUCCACUCCCAAAACCUCCAACACUAAAACAGGCUGCUCCUCUCUCUGUAUAUAGUAUUUACCGCUUCUGUACUUGGUCCUUGUCUCACAAUCCUGUGCACAACAAACCCCGUUUCUUUCUAUUUCCACCUCUCAAUGCUUGUGUACUAGUUCUGCCAAACACAUGCAAAAAGCUGAUAGUCGAUUACAAGUCUUUGAAGUUUGUUGCUUUUGAACUGUUUGCUUUACUGGUUUUGUUCCAACUUGCGUAUGUUUUUGUUUCACUUUUUAUUAUUAUUAUUAGUUCUUCUCAAAACUAAGCAAGCAAAAUCCGAUAUAGAAAUGUGCAGAGAUUAGACUAUGACAUUUGGUUUUUAAUUUUGGGUUCUCAAGUGUUUGUGAAGUAGAAAAGCCUUGUUUUAAUUAUUUACUUUCUUUCUUUUUGAGUUUGGAUGGAACCCAAUGGUAUAGGGGGAGGUUUGUUUCCAGAGAUGAGGUCUGGAAUGUUAGGCCUAGAAAUGCCUCUGCACCAAACACAAAACCCCCCAAAUCCUCAGAACCCACACCACCAUAUGCACCAACCCCAAAUGGUCAGCUAUGCCCACCAAGAAGCUGAUCACAACCAUCACCCACAAGCUCACCAAUCUGCAAAACAUGGGUACCCAUAUGCCACAAAGCCCAAACAGAUCACCCUCAGUGAUGAAGAUGAACCUGGGUUUGGUGCUGAUGACAGCGCUGGUGAAAACAAGAGGAAAAUCUCACCAUGGCAGAGAAUGAAGUGGACUGACACCAUGGUCAGGCUUCUAAUCAUGGCUGUGUUUUACAUUGGGGAUGAGGGUGGCUCUGAAGGCCCUGAUCCCACAGGGAAGAAGAAGAGUGGUGGAGGAUUGCUGCAGAAGAAAGGGAAGUGGAAAUCGGUGUCGCGGGCUAUGAUGGAGAAGGGUUUCUAUGUCUCUCCUCAGCAAUGUGAGGACAAGUUCAAUGAUUUGAACAAGAGGUACAAGAGGGUGAAUGACAUACUUGGCAAGGGAACUGCUUGCAAGGUUGUGGAGAAUCAAGGGUUAUUGGAGAAAAUGGAAUUGUCGUCCAAGAUGAAGGACGAAGUUAAAAAACUGCUGAAUUCCAAGCACUUGUUCUUUAGGGAAAUGUGUGCUUAUCACAACAGUUGCGGCCAUGGCACUGUUGGUGCUGCUGGAGCUAGCGGUGCGCAUAACUCAUCCCCGGAAGACCCUUCGGAGGUUCAAUUGCAGCAGCAGCAGCAGCAGCCCCAGCAGGAAAGGUGCUUUCAUGUAUCGGAAAAUGCUCAUGUCGUUGCCAAUUCGGGCAGAACAGAGACGGAGGGAUCCAAAAUGUUCAAAGCAGAGAGUGGUGGCGAGGAUGAAGAUGAAGACUAUGAGGAUGAUGGCUCCGAGGAUGACGAUGAUGAGGAGGAAGAAGGGGUUGUUGAAGGCGGUUCGAGGGGUCAAAUUGGGCAUGGACAUGAGGAUGAGGAUGAGAAUGAGCAUGAAAGAGCUAAGAGGCCAAGAAAGGGAAGCUGUUUUUCUGGGUCCUCACAUAAAAUGUUGAUGCAGCAAUUGGGCAGUGAAGUAAGUGGUGUGAUCCAAGAUGUGUCCAAGAGUCCAUGGGAGAAGAAGCAGUGGAUGAAAGCAAGGCUGAUACAAUUGGAGGAGCAACAAGUGAACUACCAAUACCAAUCUUUCGAGCUCGAAAAGCAGAGGCUCAAGUGGGUUAAGUAUAGUAGCAAAAAGGAAAGGGAUAUGGAAACAGCUAAGCUUGAGAAUGAGAGAAGAAGGCUUGAGAACGAGAGAAUGCUAUUGCUUGUUAGGCAGAAGGAGCUCGAAUUGCUUGAUCUGCAUCACCACCAGCAGCAACAACAUCAGCAACAAAAUUCUUCAAACAAGAGAAGCGACCCUUCGUCCCUCACCGGAUAAUAUGUAUAUAUAGGGGCCUAGAUCAGAUAGAUGAGAAUGAAGAAUUUCCCACUUUUAUUGAUUCAAAUUAUCUUUAUGUAUCUGCAUCUUUUAAAAGUAAAGAAACAUAUUUCUGAAA